AUGGUGGAUCGCGGCGCCUCGCUCUCGUGGCUGAGCCAAUACCCUCACGAGUCCGAAAUCCUUUUCGCCCCUAUGACGGGACUCGAGGUGCUCGGCACGAGGGUGGAGAGCGGCGUCAUCGUUGUCGAGACGCGCCUCUCGGUCAACCUCACCGCGCUGACCAUCGAGCAGGUCGUCUCACGGCGGCGCAAGCUGUGCAUGGACAUGUGCGAGUCGAUGCAGCUCGAACUGGCCCACGAGAUGACGCAGACGGCGUGGUCCGAGCUCAGGGAGCUCACCGACGGGGCGGAGGCGGCCCUCGAUCUGCCCGGCUAUGCGAAGAGCGUGCUGCGAGACAUGCUGGCCGAGUCGACAUCGCAUCCGCCCGAGCACUACAACAACGAAGCCAACAUGCUGAUGCGAAUGAAGGAUGCGGUGCAGGCGAAGAACGCGGUUAGCGAUUUGCCUAACAGAUGGGAGCGCGUGCAGAUGGCGGCGCCCAACCUGCCGGCGCUGCUGUCGGCCACGGACCUCAACGCGCUGCACAGCCUGAAGGCGAGCGGCGAGGAGAUGGGGCCGGAAGGCGCGGUGUACCUCGGCCACGGCAUCGCGGGCGCCACCUCGAUCACGGAGCUCGACGUGUCGAACAACAAGCUGUGCGGCAUCGAGGCCGCAGAUGAGCGGGAGGCGUACAACGGCACGCACUUCGGCACCUUCUGUAAGCUGCUCGCCAAGAACUCGAGCCUCACCAGCCUCGACGUGUCGGCAAACUACAUCCUGGCCGACGGCACCACGGCGCUGUGCGCCGCGCUCGCCGGGAACAAGCGGCUCAAGACGCUCAAGCUCAACGACUCGGCGAUGCAAGAGGCGGGCUGGAUCGCCCUCGCGAGGAUGGUCGAGGACGCGCCCUCGCUCUUGGUGCUCGAGGCCAACUGCAACCUCGAGUUGAUGCGCCCUGCCGAGAUCCCAGCCGUCGCCAAGGCCAUCGCCUCGGCAGUGGGGCGCAGCAAGAGCCUCACUAGCGUCGACCUCUCCUCGCAGGAGUGGAAGAAUGGCGAGGCCAGCGGCCUCCUUCCGCAGCUGCUGGACUGCAAGUCGCUGGCCACGCUCAACCUCUCCUGCGCCGAGUGCGGGCCCCACAUUGGCGCGGGCCUGGCGCAGCGCCUGAAAGGCCACCCGGCGCUCACCAGCUUGCAGCUCGACUCCUGCGAGCUGGGGUCGGGCGCGCUGCCCAUCUGCGCCGCCGUCGGCGACUGCGGCCUCACUGAGCUCAACCUCUCCAGCAACGAGCUGGACGCGGCUGCUGCCAACGCGCUCGGCGAGGCGCUGGCCAGCAGCGUGACGCUCAAGAGGAUUGACAUCCAGUCUAACCUGAUCGAGGAGGGCGGCGUGGCGCUGGGCAAGGGCCUCGCCGCCAGCACGUCGCUGACGGAGCUUGAGCUCAGCGACUGCGCGCUGGGCGACGAGGGCGGCGCGGCCGUCCUCGAGGCGCUCAGGGGCAACACCACGCUCCAGUUGAGCGCGGGCGUGGCUCCCGCGCUGCGCGCCAUCGGCGAGAGCACCUCGCUGACGCAGCUCGACCUGUCGGAGAACAAGCUGGGCCCCGACGCGUGCGCUGACCUCGCCGCCGGUAUCGCGAAGAAUGCGUCGCUGCGAGAGCUCGAGCUGAACUACUGCGCGCUCGGCGCCGGCUGCGCCGCGCUGGGCGACGCGCUCAAAUCGAACUCGACGCUCACGUCGCUAGAGCUCAACGACAAUGGGAUCAUGAAGGCCGAGGCCGCCUUGCUGAGGGAUGCCUUUCGCCGCCGCGCGGAGCGGCUGCGCAAAGAGCUGGACGAGCGUGGCGAGAAGGGGAAGAAGACGUGGACUAUUCAGGUCGACCAGACGCACAAGUUUACCGGGCGUGACCUCGACCUCGACGACCUCAACCUCGACCUCGACGACCUCGACGCGUCGAGGACCUCGGACGCGAGCAGUUCGUUCGCCAGACGUGUGAAGAGGACGGCGCCUGACGGCGAAGCCUGCUCACGGACCGGUCUGUUCAAUUAG